AUGAUGUACGAGAGAAGACGGAACAUGGAUGAGGGUCAUGGACGUGGGUCGAUAAAGGCGAAAGUUGAUCAGUCAUUCGAGGACGGCAGCGCGACGUCCGUAUUACUGCGUCAAAGAGAGCGCGAUGGCCUGUCGGGACAAAAUGUGAGUCAGCCUCUUUCAGAACGUCGUCACUAUUAUCGGUUACCACUUUGGACUUUAAGCGUGUACGUUUUCAGUGACUGGAUUGCGAUUGAAACUGUUUGUACGAUGCUUUCUUCUGAUGUACUUGCUAUAAGUAGGCUCCUAAGUUGUCGAGGAAACCUAGUGUAUAAGAUUUUGUCACAUGUACCACUUUGUCAGUCAUUCCAGAAAGAUUAG